AUGGAUGGAGAGGUUGAAUCGAUUCUCUUGGAGUUCAACAAAGAACUCGAUUUCAAGAGGGCGAAGGAAGUGUAUCACACUCUGCAGAUAAUGGAACCAGGCCUGGCGAAGGAUGAUGCCAAACGAAUCAGGUCAUUUUUCAAAGAGAAACCACGCCUCUUGUUGUCUAAGAAAUACCCUGAGAGGUUCCUUUCGACCCAGUGUGUCUGGGCACCAAAGUUAAUGAGUCGACGCAAUGCAAGCGAGACUUGUCCAGAACUUGAAUCAUUCUUCGCCGACCUCUUAGGAGUUCCAAAAACCGACAUUGGCGCUAUCUACCUCGAGAUUGUCAGCUUCAAUCGCCGGAUAAUAGUCGACCCCUACGAUCCAGCUGAGGAACAAGCCAAAAGACUUCUAGACGACCUCCUUGAGAGCAAAAUAUUCCAAGUUCUUGGGAAAGAUGGAUUUGUUCAAAUGUUUUCAGUCUCGAAGCCUUUCUACAUCAUAGACAGGGAAUAUCUGCAUGGUAGCUUUAGAGAACAAGUGGAUGUCCUCGAUAUUGAUCACACUACCUUUUGGCUACUAGAACCUUUCUUUAUCCGGAUGGGCUUUAAGAGCAGGUUUCACAGAAACAACCUUAUCAUGGAACCUGCUUCCUUGACUCCUGGCUCAGUGAAUUGGCAGGCAACGCCAGUCAUGGAUCCAGAGCGAGUUGAUGGAUUCUUGCGGAGCUUCCGUACAAAAAUUACAGAGGAGAUAGCCUCACUUGAGCGGCAUUUGGAAAUGACCAAGAUCCAUUACUUGGACGAGGGCGACGUGAGAUGCAACGUGUUCAUCAAGGGACUUCCCUCAACUUCUUAUGAAACUUCAUUUUCGCCUUUCUAUAUUCACAAACGUCGAAAUCACAGGUUGAAUAUCUACAUCUCAAAACAGUCGGCUGAAGUCACGACUUCAGUUGAGCUGCCUCGCUCUUUGGCUGCGUGGUUGAUGGGAGAUUCCAAGCAUCCAGAUGCAAAGCAGGCUGACCCAAAAUUCAUCUACCUUGUGGGAACUGUACUCAGGGUUAGAUAUCACAAACUUUCUGCUAUCAAGGAUAUCCUUGAUGGAGAAGGUAUUGUUGAUGUUGAUAAACUGCAAUGUUCUAUUUAUCAUCCCCAGAGCCAGAAGCGAAAGUCACCUCACUUGUUCUCCGCUCAACCGCCCUCGUUCGUGUCCAGUCGUUCGACUCUAGAUUCCAACCGCACUUCGACACCAGCGCAAGUCUACGACUCGUCUGAGCGAGUAUGGUCGUUGAGCUUCCAGGAGAACAAGGACAGCAGCACCACUGAGGAUUCAGGCUGGGUAAAAUAG